AUUUUCUUACCAUUCGCAUCUGAAUUUCAUUGAAUCUUUCUUUUCUCUUUUGUUGUCCCCUGUUUGGUCAAUGACCUCUUGUUUUUGUUUUCUCUUAUCUCUGUUUGGAAUUAGGUUAGGCAAGCUAUGUUUCUCUGCAUAUGUAAAUCAAAUAAUAAGCCAAAGAGAAUAGUGCAUAGCUAAGUAGGGUGGUUGAAUGUGAAAUAAUUUCUUAGUGUAAAUUCACCUAUGUGAAUUAAUAGAGAGAAUUAUAAAAUUAAAGUGGGGAGGGACCAAAAAUUACACUAAUGUGAGAAUAUAACCCUUGAUUUUAUUUCAGGUGAACAGUUAAAUGAUUUGCAAAUAAAAUACACGGUUAAUAAUACUGUAAUAGAGUCCUAAUUUUUACAUAGGUGUAAAUUGAUUCCUCCCUAAUCUGGUUUUUUUUAAGUUUCAGCUAAACUGGUUGCUAUGAUGAAGAAGUUUUGUUCUGAGGAUACUCUGAACAUUUGACACAAGUUUAUGUGUUUUAGAAUGAUAGUACUCCUUCCUUCUUAAAAUAUUUGUCCUUUUAGAUAAUGAGUUUUGUUUCAUUUUAUAUGUAACAUAAGAAAAUCAAGAAGGGGAACCUUGACACAGUAGUUGGUGUUGUCACCAUGUGUGACCUGGAGGUUACACACACACAGGUUCGAUUCAUAGAAUUAGUCUCUUGUAAAUGUAAGGUAAGACUGCGUGCUUACUAUAGACCCAAGCAAUGGGUCUGACCUUUCCCGUACCCUGCACAUAGCGGGAGCUUAGUUUUAUACCAACUGCCUGCCCGUUUUUAAUCCUUGACUUUUAGUAUUUUUACUAAAUGGAAUAACAGAGGGUAAUUCAGUUUAAUGUAUUUAGAUUUUCUCAUAAUUGAGGUUAUUUGGUAGCUUUCUUAAUUCUUGUGAAAUUAUCUUAUUUGAUAGAUAUUUUAAAACAAAGGAAGUAUACUGGUGGCACAAACUUGAACUUUGAAGAACCAAUGUCUGAAAUCUUCAAAUUCAGAGAAUUCUAGCUGACUAAAGAUUCACUUUUCGUUGGCUAGUUGACUGGAAAAAUGCAUCAUGAUACUAACUCAUGUUUCAUGGAAAUUAGUCAGCUAUUUUGCUAUCUUAAUUGACUAGAAUAUUUUUACAGCUAACUAGAUUGUCUUUCUAUCUGACUAAAAUCCCUGAGGAACUAAAUUAAAAUCCUAAAAAAUUAUAGCCGACUUGUAUUUAGUUAUUGCUUUGCUCACUUGCUUGGUAUUUUGGCUUACUGUUUUGGGAUUCGAGCUGAGUGAUUUUGUUACCAACCAAGAAAGAUUUCAGACCAAAACGCAGAACAGGAGGCAAGAAAAUACUAGGAUUUCUAUUAAUAUGGAUCAAGGAGCUUACAAGGUUACAAGACACUUCCAAGGGAAGCACCUCUUCACACCUAGUGAGCACCCUCCGUGGUCAAUUAGAAGUUUACAACUGAAUGCCCACAAAAGACAACUUCCUCUACUUUUAUACACAAGGACUAUUACUAAUUACACUUUGACUUUUUCCUAACUAACUCUUUUGUCUCCUUCGAUAUACUUUCCAUGCUUUAGGCUUACUUGAAUUAUCAACCCUAGCCACGUCCGUAACAGAUGAAGAAAUUAGCUGGCUAAUUUAGAACACUUGUAGAUGAACAAUUCAUAAAUAAACAUAGAUAAACCAAUUGCUUGUGCUUAUUGAUCUGAUGCAUUGCUAACUUAGCACACCCAAUUUAGGUAAAAGAUUUCCCUUUUUGUUAUCUUUGUUUGGCUUUGCAAAUAGCAUAGGUCUUUAAACCUUCACCACUUUAUAUGGCUUUGUUACUCUGAAAUCUGAGCAAGUUUCUGAUUUUCACCUGGAUCGCGUCUAGUACACUUGAAGUAUGUUUUCCACUGUCUCCUUUUUGUUUGUUGGGAACUGGUGGGAAAAGAAAAGAAAAGUGAAACAUGAAACAGGCUUGAAUUUUAGCUUUAUUGAAUCAGGGGACAACUGGUGUAACUGAAGAUUUCCCAGUCUCACUUUGGAAAGCACUACUAUUUGUGUGCCUCUUUCAGCAUUGAUUAACAGUAUUAGGUGCCUGAGAACAAAGAGCAUAAAAACCUUUAGAGCAUCUGUAGUCAAGAAUGAAUGGAGGAAUGGCAUCAUUAACUCAAACACAGUAUAAAAUACAUACCUCCACUUUCUGGAGGGCACAUCCUAGAAGCCAUGGAUUAUUGAAAUCCGGAAAACUAUUGCAACUCCAAGGACUCACUUUUCCUAGUAUUCACAUCAAUCAAUCCUGCAUAUGCUGCACAAAGUUGACUCCAUGGGAACCAUCACCUGUCACAUAUGCUCCUACUGAUAAUCAAAGUAGUAGUUUCUUGCAGAAUAGUGCCAAUAUAUUUGAAACACUUGAUCCUAGUAAAACAGCUGACUCAUCAACAGCAAAUGCUGAAGAGCUUCUAGAGAAAAAAUAUCAGCAAGGUCUGCAACUUCAGUUUUUCAAAUGGCCCAUGUGGCUUCUGGGCCCUUCCAUUCUCCUUGCGACCGGCAUGGUCCCAACAUUGUGGUUACCAAUGUCUUCGAUCUUUCUUGGCCCCAAUAUAGCCAGCCUGCUUUCCUUGGUUGGACUUGAUUGCAUCUUUAACCUUGGUGCAACCCUUUUUCUCCUCAUGGCUGAUUCUUGUUCCCAGCCAAAGUAUCCAACACAAGACUGUAACAGCAAGGCUCCCUUCAGUUACCAGUUCUGGAACAUUGUUGCAACUCUUACUGGAUUUAUUGUCCCAUUGUUGAUGAUGUUUGGAUCUGAGAAGGGCUUCCUCCAACCUCAGCUACCUUUAAUCUCAUUUGCUGUUCUACUUGGUCCUUAUUUUCUUCUUUUGUCAGUACAGAUUCUGACUGAGAUAUUGACUUGGCAUUGGCAAUCACCAGUUUGGCUUGUUACCCCAGUCAUUUAUGAGUCUUACCGUGUCUUGCAGCUAAUGAGGGGAUUAAAGCUUGGGGUUGAGCUCAAUGCACCAGCAUGGAUGAUGCAUACAGUUAGGGGGUUGGUUUGUUGGUGGGUGCUAAUUCUUGGUCUACAGCUGAUGAGGGUUGCUUGGUUUGCUGGUUUAACUGCUCAAGCUCGUAAUCAGCAAUUAUCUCAUUCAGAUGCUUCUGCUGCUAAUGGUAUUACUGAUUAAUACCAUUGAAAACUAUUUUAAAAGAGACUGAUUAUAGAUAAAGUUGAUAUGGUUUAAAUUUUAAAUUUAGUGAUGGGUGUUUUCCAUCCCAUCCAUAGACCAUAGUGAUAGUGAUGUACAUCUAAUAUAUACAAGUAAAUUAGAUACAAUACUUAUCUGAUUAUCUGGGAUUUGUGCUGUAUCGAUGGUUGUUCGUGUGUUAUCUUGAAUUAUGAUCAAACUGGUUGAUCUGUUUUGUACCUCAACUUAUGAAGAGGGAAGGAGAACUAUAUCGUUGUUGGCUCAAGGAAAAGUUUAGGGAUUUAUUAUUUUUGAUAAAUUGUAUUUAUUAGGAUAAGUUAUAUUAAUUACUUGUUAUUGAUAAAUCUUUGAUAAUGUAUUGUGGCUUUUCCAGAUAGAAUGUAUAGUGGCU